AGUAGUUGCCUGACGUCACGCCCACUUGCUGGAUUUAUUCUUCUGGGCUCACGUUAGCUCGCGAUCGUGUAUAACUGUGAUCGCCGUUUUUUCAGUUUCUUUUCCCUACAUGUCAAUAGCCACCCUCACCAGAAGCAAGCUUGUUGCUGCCUGUCGCAACCAUCUUUUCCAGCGCCUUUACGUGGCACCCCGCCCGGCACUCCGACGCACAAUGCAGGUGAAGGUGCUGAAAGCGCUGGAGGACAACUACAUGUACCUGCUGGUGGACGAUGCAACACGCGAGUGCGCCGUCGUUGAUCCAGUCGAGCCGGCCAAGGUGCUCGACGAGGUGAGCAAGCUUGACGUGCGGCUCACCACGGUGCUCACCACGCACCACCACUGGGACCACUCGGGGGGCAAUGACAGGCUGCUUGAGCAGUCGCCCAAGCUGCGCGUGUUUGGUGGCGACGAUCGUGUGCCACGUCUCACGGAGCACGUCACCGACAACCAGGAGCUGAAGGUCGGCAAGCUGACAGUUCGAUGUCUUCUGACCCCCUGUCACACCUCGGGUCACGUUUGCUACUUUGUGCCGGCUGCGGACGGAGAAGCGCCCGCCGUCUUCACAGGCGACACGCUGUUCAUCGCCGGCUGCGGCAAGUUCUUCGAGGGCACGGCAGACCAGAUGUACAAGGCGCUGGUCGAGCGACUCUCCAAGCUGCCAGACGACACGCGCGUCUACUGCGGCCACGAGUACACGGUCAACAACCUGCUGUACGCGUCGACGGUCGAGCCGGACAACGAGGCGAUCAAGACCAAGCUGAAGUGGGCCCGUGAGAAGCGCGCCAAGAAGGAGCCCACCGUACCGUCAACCAUCGCCGAGGAGCGCAGCUUCAACCCUUUCAUGCGCGUCGGCGAGGCCUCGGUCCACAAGCACGCCAAGCUCGACGACCCGGUCUCCACCAUGGCCUUCCUGCGCAAGGAGAAGGACCACUUCCGGCCGUCGGCUUGAUCCUUGCGUCGGUUAUCCUCGUCAAUCUGUACUCGCGUUAUAGACAUGCCCAAAUUAUAGCUGUUGCCCGUCUCGAUUUUUUUCACAAA